AUGUCGGCAAAAGCUAUUCGCGAGUUUGAUGGCAAGCGCAUUCUGUCCACGAAUUUACCCGACUUUCACCUCAACAAACGCUUUGCACAGGUGGCCGUGGGGAAGAGCUUUGUCGGUCAGAGUCGUGAGGAUUUCUUUCAUGCUAUUGAAGCCACGAGCCCAUGGCUUACAACCCUUGGCGAGAUUAAACUCGUGGUCAAGCCUGACCAACUGAUCAAACGUCGUGGUAAAGCAAACUUGCUGCUACUUAAUGCUACGUGGGUUGAAGUUCAAGACUGGAUAUGGGAACGUAUUAAUCAGCCUGUUCAGGUCGAAACCGUCACGGGGGUUCUUACACACUUUAUUGUUGAGCCUUUUCUUAAACACACUGGUGCCGAUGAGCAUUAUGUGUGCAUUGUUUCAAACCGUGAUGGUGAGGAGAUUCUAUUUCAUCACGAAGGUGGUGUGGAUGUUGGCGAUGUGGAUGCCAAAGCCAAGCGUCUACAGAUUGGCAUUGAAUCUGUAGCUUCGGAGGAAGAAGUGGCAACUGCAUUGCUCUCAUCCGUGGAAGAGACACGCAAGCCCAUCUUGGCCAAGUUUCUUGUGGGCAUGCUGGCCAAGUUCCGUGAGCUGCACUUUGUAUACAUGGAGAUCAACCCUAUUGUGCUCGUGGGUGACCAGAUUUCUGUACUGGACAUGGCUGCCAAGCUUGAUGAGACGGCGAAUUUCCUAGUGGGAGAUCGUUGGGGCCAUAUCGAGUUCCCUCCGGCCUUCGGCCGUGCCAAGUUUCCCGAGGAAGAGUUUAUCCAGGAUCUGGACUCCAAGACCGGCGCUUCGCUCAAGCUUACUAUCCUCAACCACACUGGCCGUAUUUGGACCAUGGUUGCUGGUGGCGGUGCUUCGGUUGUGUACGCUGACACGAUUGCGGACCUUGGCUACGGACACGAGCUGGCCAACUACGGCGAGUACUCGGGUGCUCCUAGCGAAACUCAUACCUACAACUAUGCCAAGACCAUUUUGGACCUCAUGACGCGCAACUUUGACGACCGUGGAAAGGUGUUGAUCAUUGGUGGUGGCAUUGCCAAUUUCACGGAUGUUGCACUAACGUUCAAGGGCAUUAUUCGUGCCAUUACGGAGUACCAGCAGAAACUUAAGGAUAACAAGGUACACAUUUGGGUGCGUCGUGGUGGCCCCAACUGCCAGGAGGGCCUGGCUGUUAUGCGCGAUGUUGGCGAGGCUACAGGUGUUCCUAUUGAGGUUUUUGGCCCGGAAACACACAUUACGGCCAUUGUACCUAUGGCUCUUGGACUUGUGGAGAAGCCUUCAGCGGUGGAGUUGCAGCCCACUACCAAAGCAAUCGGUGGCAUCAAGUCAAGCUCGGGCAAGCCGUCUUCCGAGGAAGGCAGUGCAGUAAUUAGCGACAACGAGGAGACAGAAUCCACUGAAGAGGUAGAGAGCAAGGCUAUUGCGAACAAGCAAACCGUAGUGAUCCAGGACGAGGGUAUUGUGCGCAUGAACGACAAGACGCGUUGUAUUGUCUACGGUCUGCAGCAACGCGCUGUGCAGGGCAUGCUCGACUUUGACUACUUGUGCAAGCGCAAGACCCCCAGUGUGGCGGCCCUCAUCUUUCCAUUCUCACCCAACCACUACUUGAAGUUUUACUGGGGUACUUCGGAGCGUUUGAUCCCCGUAUUCCAGAAGCUGUCCGAUGCUGUCAAGAAGUAUCCGGAUGUGAGCGUACUUAUUAACUUUUCAUCGUUCCGCUCCGUGUACCAGUCGACGAUGGAAGGCUUCGAGCACAAUGACACCAUCAAAACGCACGCCAUCAUUGCCGAGGGAGUACCAGAGCAGCAGUCGCGUUUGAUCGCUAAAAAGGCGCGUGAGCUCAAUGUGGGCCUCAUCGGUCCUGCUACGGUUGGUGGCAUCAAACCAGGCUGCCUGCGUAUUGGCAACACUGGUGGAAUGCUGGACAACAUCGUGCAGUCGAAGCUUUACCGCCCCGGCAGCGUUGCAUACGUAUCAAAGUCAGGCGGUAUGUCCAACGAGUUGAACAACAUUGUCUCACAGACGACGGACGGUGUGUACGAGGGCGUAGCUAUUGGUGGUGAUAAGUACCCUGGUUCUACUUUCAUCCAGCACCUGCUACGUUAUGAGGCAAACCCGGAGGUGAAGAUGAUGGUGCUUCUCGGUGAGGUCGGUGGCACUGACGAGUUUGCAGUCUGCCGUGCCAUUCAGUCGGGUGCCAUUAAGAAGCCGGUGGUUGCCUGGUGUAUUGGUACGUGCGCCAAGAUUUUCCCAUUCGAAGUGCAGUUCGGCCACGCCGGCGCAUGCGCUACAGGUGAGUCCGAGACUGCCUCGGCUAAGAACGCUGCUCUGGCUGCGGCUGGGGCCAUUGUCCCAGAAAAUUUCGACCAGUUCGGCAACGCAAUCCGCAAGCAGUUCGACUCGAUGGUUGGGUCAGGUGCGAUUGUGCCGCGUCCAGAAAUUCCGGUUCCUAAGGUUCCGAUGGACUACGCCUGGGCCAAGAAUCUUGGUCUAAUUCGCAAGCCUGCUAAUUUCAUCUCUUCCAUCUCGGAUGACCGUGGUGAGGAGCUGCGCUACGCUGGUACCCCUAUCUCGAAGGUUUUCGAACAAGACAUGGGCGUCGGCGGCGUUAUUGGUCUGCUGUGGUUCAAGCGUAAUCUGCCGCCCUACGCUUCGAAAUUCAUCGAGAUGGUGCUCAUGGUCACUGCUGAUCACGGUCCGGCUGUGUCGGGUGCUCACAAUACUAUUGUUACUGCCCGUGCCGGCAAAGACCUGAUUUCUUCGCUGAUCUCGGGUCUGGUGACGAUUGGCCCCCGUUUCGGUGGUGCAUUGGACAAGGCUGCUGAAAUGUUCGCGAGUGCGCACGACUCGGGCAUGUCUGCGGUCGACUUUGUGGUGGAUAUGCGCAAGCAGAACAAGCUCAUCAUGGGUAUUGGCCACCGCAUCAAGUCGCUGUCAAACCCGGACAAGCGCGUGACUAUCAUUAAGGAUUUUGCCAAGGCGAAUUUUCCUUCCACUGAUGUACUGGACUUCGCUUUGGAGGUGGAGCAAGUGACCACGAAAAAACGCAGUAACCUUAUUCUGAACGUUGACGGUUGUAUUGCAGUCUGCUUCGUGGAUCUGCUGCGUAACUGCGGUGUGUUCACGCUGGAGGAGGCCAACGAGCAGAUUGAGAAUGGCUGCCUCAACGGUCUCUUCGUGCUCGGUCGUAGCAUUGGUUUUAUCGGCCACUUUCUCGACCAGAAGCGUCUCAAGCAGCCAUUGUACCGCCACCCGUGGGAUGACAUCUCGUACCUGAAUGAGGAGUUUUAA